AUGAUGCAGAGUACGCCCGCGGCUGAGACGGAGAUCGACCUCGGGGACGACGAGGACAGCCAGGACAGCGAGGAGGAGCAGCCGUGGAAGACCCAGCUGGAGACGGUGAUGGAGGAAGAGGAGGAAGAGGCCUCGACACAGAGCGACACCAGGCCGUUAAUCAACGAGAGAGACCCGCGCCAGAUUAACGAAUGCCUCAAGGUGAGUUUUGAGGAUGUGAUAGCUGAGCCGGUAUCGGUGAGAAGUGGAGAUCGGGUUUGGAUCUGGAGCACCACGUUGUUUGAGGUAGCCCGUGUUUGGUUCUACCGCAUCAUCACGCUGCUUCUCGCCGUACCCUUCUCCAUCAUCACUGGUGUGAUCUUUGCUUUGCUCAGCUGCCUUCACAUCUGGUUCUUCACUCCGUGUGUAAAGGUGGUGUUCAUUAACACGGGGUGGUUGAAGACACUAUGGAGCAGCGUCAUGGACAUCUUCAUCCUGCCCGUCUUCCACAGCGCCGCCAAGUGCUGCAGCAGCAUCAGCGUACAGCUGUUACAUAAAUAAAAUCUCUCAAGGACCAUAAUUUUUUACAUUAUUUUUAAAAUGAGCAGAGAAGAGUCAGGCACAUGGUGAAUGAACUCCGUGAAUGAACUCUGUGGAGAACGAGACUGGAUUGGCGCAGGACAAGACACAAAUCCUGGCUGAUUAUUGUAAAUUUGAUUACUAGAAAGAACUGACUUACAUGAUGGGUGCAUCUGAUUUGAGUUUUGUCAAGAAAUAAAUCUUGUUUAUGUGUUUUUGUAUUUUUUUUUAAAUAAAUCAU